GCUGUAUACCGGUGAAAAUGGAGUGCGCCCUCUUGUGGCUUAGUACGAGCGAAGAAAUUCGUCAUACUGCGAUUACACGUGAAAAAGAGAAGAAUUCUAUCAGUAAUCUGUAAUCAUCGCAUCAUUAAGAAGAACAACAAACUAAGUUACAGAACAAGAUGCCGUCAGAAACGACAGAAGCUGUUCAGCCCUCAGUUGAAGAAGUCAAAGACGAUGCUUCGUCUGGCACGGAAUCAGACAGUGACGGCUCAGUGCCUGACCUGGAGGAUGCAGACCAGGCUACAUCACAGCUACAUGCACAGAUGGGCACGGGAGAGGAGCCCGUCAGCAAAGCCAAGCAGAGUCGCGGGGAGAAGAAAGCCAGAAAGCUGAUGUCCAAAUGCGGCCUGAAGAGCGUGGCCGGCAUCAAGCGCGUCACCAUCCGCAAAUCCAAGACCAUCCUGUUUGUCAUCCAGGAGCCCGACGUCUUCAAGAGUCCCGGCUCUGACUUGCACAUCAUCUUCGGGGAGGCCAAGAUUGAGGAUUUGAGUCAACAGGCCCAGGUGGUCGCCGCCGAGCAGUUCCGAAACCAGGAGCAAAGCCCAGCCAUUACUGCAGACAGUAAUGCCACAGUGGCUCAAGCAAUCCAAGAAGAAGAUGAAGAGGACGAAGUUGACGAGACCGGCGUGGAAGCCAAAGACAUUGAGCUUGUGGUUCAACAGGCCAACGUAUCCCGCUCCAAGGCUGUCAAAGCCUUAAAGAAUAACGACAAUGACAUAGUCAAUGCUAUUAUGGAAUUAACGAUGUAGCCUAUUAGACUGUCUUCAAUUGGUCCGUUGUGUUUGAAUCAUCCGUUGCUGAGCCAAUCAGAAGACAAGCUGAUCCAGUAGAUGCCGACUCAGCCUGACCAACUCCUUGUAUUGCAUCCCUUCAAGAUCAACACCGACAGUACUAAACAUUGAUAUCCCUGUGUCACAUCCCAUUCGACGGACGAUUAGAUGCAUACAUUGCUUUUCUAUUUCCCAUCUACAGACAUUUGUUGGCCAUUUUUGCCAACCAUGUGUUUGCAAACUGCGAAAGGCCAACGGUGCAAAAAUAAAGAGUUAUUCAUGUUUCCAAAGAUAUCAUUGGAUUGUUGAAAAUAUAAAAUAACCAACAAAAGUCACCAUAUCCUCUUUCUUACAAAAUGAGGAUGUUAAUAGGCAAUUUUUGGCAAAAUCUGUUGCCAACCAUGGCUUAAAUGUAUACCUUUGUGGCAGACCCUACAAGAUGGUGCUCAAUGUUUACAAACAAAAGAAAGGUGUACACAAACAAUGAGAUCUUGUAAGUGACCUGAUAUGCGUCCAGUCCAAUUUGAAAUGUGGAUGGUGGCAAUGCACUGUGGCGUCGUGUCUACAUGUUGGUUAGAGAUGUAAUACUGGCAAUGCUAUGUAAUGCAUCCCAUCUGACACUGGAAGAUUAUACCAUGGCGGAAUCCAUUUAUUGCAUCCCAACUGGGUUGAAGGUGGGCAAUGUCCCUGUAUUGCAUCUGUUUUAGGUAAAAUACUGGUUAUUGGGCAAUGGGCACGUGUCCGAGAUCGAGAACGAAUCAGCAACGCUGCUUCAUUUCCCAUUUCCAUGGUUACGCCAAGGUCUCUGAAAUAUGGCUUUCUGAUAAUUGUAACAAAGCCCACCGAAAUUGUUACAUAUCAACUUGUUAACAGUCAACCUCUCAUCGGGCAAGUUUUACCAAGACUUGUGGUUGGGACUGCAUUUAUAGUACAUGUAUAGAUGGAUUGCAUUCCCCCCUCGGCCUCUUGGGCGGCAAAACAUAGGAAAAUCAUGCAGAAAAACACAUCAAAAACCUUCUAAGCCCCCUCUCUUGGCAGAGAAGCCUCCUCUUGAUCCAAACCUGUAUCCGUCCCCUUCCAGGGACCUAUCAGAACCCCUCUAAAAUCCUCCACUUUACAGGAAAGAAAGGACGUCUAGGAUAAAGAUGUCAAGGCUAUUAAACCCCAUGUAAAGUAAUGGUGCUGUGUAAGUGUUCCACAUUGCACCUUUAAAAUACUCCAUCCAGCACGAAAAUUCUGGUAAACCUGGUGGAUUUUGAAGGAUGGAUCAGUAGGGUUAAUUAAUAAUUCAUUAAUUGUCUUGCACAAUUAUUGCUUGGCAAUUACGUUUAAACCCAAUUCAUGCUUGACUUGUAUCACAAGGAAGGGUAGGUUGUUUUGAGAUCUCGUUUGAAAAUCAUUACCAUCGAUUGUGAAAAUAUCUUGCAUUCAUCUUAUUAAAGAUGUCAAUGAAGCUUGAGCAUUUUCUGAUCUUUAGUGGAACAGCUUGUCUUAAAAUCUGAUUUUUGUAUGUUGUACAGUAAGUUGCUUUCCUUGACAGAAAUAAAAGGAUUUCAACAUAUUACAUUAA